AGCCGUAUAAACAUAACACAACUGAAAAUACUAAUUGAAUGAAGGAUUAUCACAAAAUAGCCGACGACAACAGAUGAUGAACAAAUGAAGGAUUCACAAUGUUUUCUAUACUAAUGGCAAAAUUGAAGUAAAAAUUAUUUACGCAAAGCAAAAGAACUGUGAUAUCUUUAUAAGCCAAAAAUGUCCCUAACUGCUGAACAGCUUAUCUCAGAGGGCAGAAACAUUCCUCUUCACGCCUUAAAUAUGUCUGUUAGAAACAAACUCGGGAGUUUCUUGGAUCCAGAAGGAUUUGUAACGGGAGACUACUCAAAUGAUUAUCAAGGACUUGCGGAAGUAAUUGGCUUCGACUUUCAGGACAUUAAAAAUUUUCAGAGACAGAGGAAGCCAACUCAGGAAGUGUUAUAUCAGUGGGGUACAAAACCUGAACUAUCACCCACAGUAGACAAUCUCAUUAAACAUUUGCAGACGAUAGGUAGAGCUGAUGACGUCAUAACCGAGUGUGCCCAUCUCAUAAAAAAAGAUAUUGACCGUUAUAAAGCCUGUCACAAGGACAUUCCUGUUAUUCAGGACCCAAAGAUAUCUCCCGGCCCUCCACCACCAACACCACAUGAAAUAGCAGAUAAAAAAGACACCUUAGUGACUAUCCAGGACGUCAAAACCAAAGAUGACACAUUAUACUACGAUGCCUUUGUAAUAUACAACCCUGCUGGAAAGGAUUUAGAGUUUGUGAAGGAAAUGGCGGAGAAGCUUGAAGCCCCGCCAUACAACAUGAAACUCUUCAUUCCGUGGAGAGACGACCUACCGGGAACAGCUCGUUAUGAAAUCAGUGCACAUAUGAUCGCAACAAGAUGCCGAAGAACAUUGGUCAUUUUGUCUCAAGAUUUCUUAAAAAGUGCUGCAGCAGACUUUCAGCUAAAAUUUGCCCAUUGUCUAUCACCAGGUGCCCGGAGUAAGAAAGUAGUCCCUGUAUUCUCUGGUGCCUGUAGAAUGCCAGACAUUCUGAGAUCAGUGUCGUUCGUCGACUUCACCAAUCCUGGUCUGAGAGACUGGAACUGGCCUCGUCUUAGCGCUGUAUUGCAGUGUCCUCUGAACCCCGACCCCCGGGACUAUAUGAGUCAGGAGGAACUUGAAGAGUUAAAAUUAAAUGCUGGAGAUCUAACGACCCGGGGCUGGUGGUCUACAGGUGUGCUCACCAUGAACUUCCCAGAGGAAUCUGAGGAUAACACACCCUACAACGGAUGACCAAAUUCUGGAGAAUGACAAUUAAAUUCCUCCGUGACGAAAUCCGAAAUAAAGUUGUCUUACAUUAUUAGGUCAUUCAUACCUAUAUGAUGUAUAUGCCAUAAAAUAAGGCAAAUAUAAAAUUCAUAAAUCCAUCAAUUGCCAAAUCAUAGAUGAAUAUCAAAUUCAUUUCACUGCAAAAUGCUGGAUUUAAUAAUUCUUAAUUCUUCCUUUACAAAUUAUAAUGUGAUAAUUACUUUUGACAAUUUUAAUCAAAUGAGAAUGCUUAAAGUUUGUAUUUUCUUACUUUUGUAAUAAAUAAUACAAACCA